GCAACUCUGCUUGUAAAUUGCGUUCACUUACACACUGGUAUGAUUCUGAAAAAUGCCUUUCAGUAUAAGCUUAACGCGACCUGAAGAGUCUUAUAAAACAAACUUUGUGCCACAAAAAUAGUAGCAGAUAGAGCCCCAGGUGUUCAUUAUACUGCAUUAUGUUGUAGUGAUCAACAAGUUCGGAGUUAAUUAGAAGCAGUGCUGCGGCCGGUUCGGUGCUAGACCCGUCGACCCGUAGGAGAGUGGACCCAACGCGUCGGCAGCAAGACCUGCAGUGCUCUUUCCGCAGGCAGCCUCCAUUCCCGGUUCCCCAGCGGGCCCUCCUCUAGUCCGCGCCUCGUCACAGCUGCCUGUGUGGGGCCCGCAGCAGCACCGGCUUGCACCGGUGAAGCUCAGUCGCCAGCCCACGUCUCCCUCCUACCUCUUCCUCCUCGAGGAGGGCCCUACAGCGCAGCAACCCAAAGCCCGGGCGGCGCCGCGUGCCUUGCCGCCGGUGCCGCGAGGAGCAGCAGCCGCUGAGCUAAGCAACCGGCUGGGCCGCAUUGCCGCGCGGCGGUUACAGCAAGAGCGGAAACAGUAGCUGCGGGAGCAGCAGCCGCAGCAGUACGAGCCGCCGCUAGCAGCAUCCCACACCCCCAGCAGCAGAGCCCUACCCGCCAUGGCCAACCCGCAGCGGGACCGGCAGUUCAAGGUUCUCAAGUUCGUGGGGAAGGGCAGCUAUGGAUCCGUCUUCCUGGUUCAGCGGCUGGCCGACGGUCACACCUACGCGCUGAAGGAGAUGGACGUGCGCUCCAUGAGCCAGGCGGAGCGGGAGGACUCGAUCAACGAGAUCCGGCUGCUGGCGUCGGUGAGCCACCCCAACGUCAUCUCCUACAAUGAGGCCUUUCUGGACGGUAACCGGCUGUGCAUCAUCAUGGAGUAUGCGGGCGACGGAGACCUGGCCAAGGUCAUCAAGAAGCAGCAGAUGAUGAAGCGGCCGCUGCCCGAGGACGUCAUCUGGCGCUACUUCCUGCAGGUGGUGCUGGGGCUGCAGGCGCUGCACGGCAUGAAGAUCCUGCACCGCGACAUCAAGCCCGGCAACAUCAUGGUGUUCCAGAGCGGGGUGGUCAAGAUUGGCGACCUGGGCAUCGCAAAGCUGCUGACCAAGACAGCGGCGGCGAAGACGCAGAUCGGCACUCCGCACUACAUGGGUCCCGAGAUCUGGAAAAACCGCCCCUACUCCUACACCUCGGACACCUGGGCCAUCGGCUGCCUGCUGUACGAACUCGCCGCCCUCGCCGUGCCCUUUGAGGCCCGCUCCAUGAGCGAACUGCGCUACAAGGUGCUGCGAGGCAGCUACCCGCCGCUCCCCAACACCUAUUCGCGCGACAUGCAGCAGCUGGUGCGCGAGUGCCUGGACCCCAACCCCGACAAGCGCCCCAGCAUGGACGCCAUCCUGGCCUCCCCCGCCGUCGCCUCCCGUCUGAAGCUCCUGCCGCAUGAGGUGCGCAACCCGCCGCCCACCGCGGGGAGUGCGCUGGUGGAGACGAUCAAGGUACCGCGGGGCAACAUCGCGGCCAUCAAGCACAAGCUGCCGCCCGCGCAGUACGCCUCAGACAUGCUCAACAUGGGGGCGGGCGGGGGGCAGCAGGGCGGCAAUGGGCAGAUGGCGACCAUUGAGGAGGGCAGCGAGGACGACCUGCCACCCGCGCGCCCGCCCGUUAGGAGCCAGGCGGGGGCGCAGGGGCCCAGCAGGCAGCCGCUGCAGCCCAUACCCAUAGCCAUACCCAAGGCGAACUACCCGCCCGCGCCGGCGUCGGAGCCAGCAGCGAGGCCUGCGCUGCCGCCGCUACCGUCGAUAGCGUCCGCGCCGCCGUCGGAAGCGGGUGGCGGCAUGGGUGGCGGGUACGGCAACAGGUUGCCGCCGCCCGUACGAGUGCCGCAGCCCAGUCAGGGCGGCGCGAGCGCGUGGGGGUAUGCCGAGGAUCAGCAACGGAAUAAGGUAUCCGAGUCGCAUGCCAACUAUGGGGCGUUUUACCACAACGCGUACACACCAGGCAACGCGGCUGGGGGCCCGCCCGGGGCGGCGCAGAUCCCCUCCGCCUGGCAGGCAGGCAACAAGUGGCCGCCGCAGCAGAUGCCGCAGUUGCAGCAGUACCCACAACAGCAACAAGCCUACCAGCAAUUUCAAUCGCCUUACAUCUCACCGUAUCUUGCGCAACAGAGGGCUUACGGCGCUCCUGGGCCGGGUCCCGGAGCCAACGCCGGCGGCGGAGGCGGCGGUGUUGGCGGCGGUGUUGGCGGCGGCGGCGUGCCGCACCUGCCCCAGCUUCAGCUGCACAAACACGUCAACGGGGGGUUGCAAGUGGCGGUGGUCAAUAAGCCGCCGCCCUGGAACUACGGCGCGCAGGCGGGGCAGCGGCGCAACGUGCGGGCAGCAGCGGCGCAGCUGGCGCCCCCGCGGCCGCCCGGCGGUGGGCACUACGGAGGGUUAGACGGGCAGCCGGGGGAGGUGCCUCGUUACCCGCCACCGCAGUGGGCCCCUAGGCCCGCCCGGUGGUGAGGAGGGCGGGUGCGGGGGCCGCCUUGUGAAGAUCUGAUGACCCUUGGGACCGACCCAUGGGACUGACGACGUCCCAUGGGGCUGACGUGUGUGUGUGCAUGCGCUUUAGUCCUGGCGCAUUGCUGGGGAGGACUGGUGUAUGACCGGUGCGACCGCCGCAUCGGGUGUGGCCGAGUGGGGGUGCCGCUUGCGACAUGUUUUGCGUGUUUACAGGUCAACCGGUCCCAAAACUGACAACAUUGACCUUGGAGAGAGAGGAGAAUUAGUUGUCAGCGUGCACUCGCUGGUUUUGUGACCCGGUUGGAGACCUAGGAGGGCCGGCUGGCUGGAUUCUGGCGACCAGCAUGCGACGCAGGGUCGGCGCGAGGAUGGCUUGGGCUGCCGUGACGUGACACGACGGUCGCGAUUACUGGACUGCAAUACGGCCAGAAUAAGAAUCGAUGGCCACGAUGUGUCAUGGGGUAACUCGCAUGUACUGAUGCGCUGCUGCUGAUGAUGACGACGACGUGUACUGCUAACGCUUGACGUUCGCGGUGAUGUGCUAAUAGUUGACUGACUGCUAGCGAUGAUGCUUAUUAGUAAGAUUUAGCAAGUAAAAGAAAGCAGGGUGGGGAGCAGCAGCUCCUGGGUUGCGGAGGAAUGCGAUAGCUCCUUGUUUACACGCCGGUGGAUGCGGCGGCGGGACGACGUCGCAGCAUAUGAUGAGCUGCGGCGGCGAACGUUUAGAGACACGCACGGAUGCAUCUUAGUAAUGUGGCCGUUCCGUACCCACUCCUGCGUCGUACAUAGGCUUUCGUGGCAGGAGAGUCGUUGGUCACUGCCUCUAGAUGUGGAUGAAGGGCUCUUUCGAGGUUGUGGGUUAUGCCUGGGCGUGCAUGCGAUCGUGGUAUCGUUUCCGGGCAUCGCUGCAAAGUGUGUUAGGACUUGCUGACGCGGGGGGUGCAUGCCAUUAGUUGACGGUUCUAUGACCCGUUGCAUCAUCGUCACCUUUCACAGCCCGACUGUACCCUAAUCCUCGCACUGACGACGACCGAAGCUGCUGAUGUCUGACGUAGCAUGUGUUCUUACCUAUGUCGGAGGGCAUACUCAACUGGCGACAGCGAGUUGGAGUAUGACAGGUUGGUCAUUGGUGUGAUCGCCAGUAACUAGUAUUCAUUGUGCUGUUCCGCUUUGUUAUACCUUAGCUGCUGACCUGCCCCUUAACCUAUGAGGAGGGCAUAGGCAACGCGUUAGCCGGGGAUGGAAAAUAUUCCCCUUACUAAAGCCUCGCAUUGCCAAUGCACUUGGUUGGCUUGGCGGCGUACACACACCCUUGUGCUUUGUUGGUAUAACCGUUUGUACGGCCGGCCAAUGGGCUGUGGCAUGGAUUCUUAUCACACGGUCUGCUUGUAACGUAAGCGAGGCACGGAUAGCACAUGCACGAUUGAUUUCUUCCAACCCACGCACGGACGGAACCGCAAAGCCACAC